AUGUACCAAGAGCGAUUCCCUGUGAGAAGAUUGCCUAAUGUCAGAGUGUUUUACAAUACGUCGUACCGAUGUCUUUACGAGACUGGAAGUGUAACACGUAAUGAAUCUAGUGUUAAUCCAGGUCGAUAUCCUCCUGAAGCCGAAUAUCUAAUCCUCCAAGCGUUUGAAGAAGAUCUCCCCUGGAAAGUUGCUGCUGAUCUUGGUUUGACGCCAUGGAAGGUUUGGAGUAUUUACGCACCGUGA